GAGGCGGCUCCGGGGAGCGCAGGGACAUGGCGCGGCCGGACGACGAGGAGGGGGCGGUGUUGGCUCCCGGUCACCCGCUCGCGAAAGGGUACCUCCCGGUCCCCAGGGGCGCGCCCGCCGGGGAGGAAAGCGUGGCGCCGCCGAACGGGCCCAGAGCCGGCUGCCUGCAGUUGAACGGGGUCCCCCGGGACGGCCCCGCCGCCGCCGCCUUGGGAGCGCUGGGCGGGCCGCAGACGUCGCUGGCCCCGGAAGAGGAGACCCAGGCCCGGCUGCUGCCCGCGGGCCCCGGAGAGGAGACCCCGGGGGCCGAGGGCGCCCCGCUGCCCCGCACGGCGCUCUCCGCGCGGCGCUUUGUGGUGCUCCUGAUCUUCAGCCUGUAUUCGCUGGUGAACGCUUUUCAGUGGAUCCAGUACAGCAUCAUCAGCAACGUCUUCGAGGGCUUCUACGGCGUCUCCUUGCUGCACAUCGACUGGCUGUCCAUGGUGUACAUGCUAUUCUACGUGCCCCUUAUCUUCCCGGCCACCUGGCUGCUAGACACCAGAGGCCUGCGGCUCACCGCCCUGCUGGGCUCCGGCCUCAACUGCCUGGGCGCCUGGAUCAAGUGCGGCAGCGUGCAGCAGCAUCUCUUUUGGGUCACCAUGUUGGGCCAGUGCUUGUGCUCCGUGGCCCAGGUGUUCAUCUUGGGCUUGCCCUCCCGUAUCGCCUCGGUGUGGUUUGGGCCGAAGGAGGUGUCAACAGCUUGUGCCACCGCCGUGCUGGGCAAUCAGCUUGGAACUGCAGUUGGCUUUUUGCUACCACCAGUUUUAGUGCCCAACACACAGAAUAACACAAAUCUCCUGGCUUGUAAUAUCAGCACCAUGUUUUAUGGAACAUCAGCUGUCGCCACACUUUUAUUUAUUUUAACAGCAAUUGCAUUCAAAGAAAAACCUCAGUAUCCACCAAGUCAGUCUCGAGCAGCUCUUCAAGACAGUCCCCCUGCAGAGUACUCCUAUAAGACAUCAAUAAGGAACCUGUUCAGAAACAUUCCCUUUAUCCUUCUGUUGAUCAGUUAUGGUAUCAUGACUGGAGCAUUUUAUUCAGUCUCAACACUAUUAAAUCAAAUGAUAUUGCAUUAUUAUGAGGGAGAAGAAGUGAAUGCUGGAAGGAUUGGGCUGACACUGGUAGUAGCUGGAAUGGUGGGCUCUGUUCUCUGUGGUUUAUGGCUGGAUUAUACCAAAACGUACAAACAGACCACUCUGAUCGUUUACAUUUUGUCUUUUAUUGGAAUGGUUAUAUUUACAUUCACGUUGAACCUUGGGUACAUUAUUAUCGUGUUUGUUACUGGAGGAGUGCUUGGUUUUUUCAUGACUGGUUAUCUCCCCUUGGGUUUUGAAUUUGCUGUUGAAAUUACCUACCCUGAAUCUGAAGGCACUUCAUCUGGUCUUCUUAAUGCUUCUGCACAGAUAUUUGGAAUUUUGUUCACAUUGGCUCAAGGGAAGCUCACAUCAGACUAUGACCCUAGGGUUGGGAACAUUUUCCUCUGUGUUUGGAUGUUAAUAGGCAUCAUUUUAACAGCACUAAUCAAGUCUGAUCUGAGAAGACACAACAUAAAUAUCGGAAUCACAAACAUUGAUAUUAAAGCCGUGCCAGUUGAUAGUCCCACAGAUCAAGAACCAAAAACUGUUAUGUUGUCCAAGCAGUCAGAAUCAGCAAUUUGAGUAAGAAAAUUUUAUCAUAUGUGUUACUGGCUGUUUCCUGAUUUCUUGUAUCACAUCCUGUAUUCUGCCUUUGAAGAUUCCUGAGAUAAGGAAAUCCAUAAUAACUUCAGAUCACCUAGGUUCCCCCAUUUAGUGGAGACUGCUUGAAAUGCUACCUGUUGUCAUUCUGCAGUCAUUCUUACGCCCAUUCUCCUUUGAGGAAAACUGUGCUGUGCCAGGUACACGCUCCAUCAGUGCGGCUGGGGGAGUUGGUCCUCUUCUCACAACAGAGUGUGUGUCAUCACCACACCGUUGGAACCGUCUGCUCUUUUUCAUGCUCAGGGUAAGGAGACUAGGACCAAAUGUAUUUCCACAGUGCCUACCACUGUGUUUUGUUUACAGUGAGAAUUUAAAUGUUUGAUGUCCUGACUCUCCAAACUCAUAGGGAAAUAUCUUUAUGGUAAUGACGUUUGAUCAGCUGUAAUAUUUACAUUAUGUCCAUACACCAAAAAAAGCCAAUCGGGUAAUGAAUACCCUUGAAGUCAAUAGGAAUUUUUGAUUUAGUCAGAAUAUAUGCAUUGUUUUAUAUUGGAAUUACAACAUUCUCUGUAAUCAAAUGCCUAUAAAUUACAUAAAAUCUGACCCUGGAGAAUAUGUUGCAAAGAGGACUUGGCUAAGAAUCAGAAACUCUGGGUCCAUGUCCUCGAUGCAUUUCUGUCUGUCUCUGUAACUCUGGAUAAGUCUUUGAACUUCUCUAGGCAGUAUUUUUCUCAUCCACAAAAUGAAUGCGUUCAGUUUGAUCUCAAGGGUCUUUUAAUAAUAUUAAAUGCCAUUCAUCAUGGAGUAGACCAAGUCAUUGUACCACAAGAACUUAAGUCUAGCUAGAGAAAAAUUCUCCAGACAGUGAGAUGAACAGCUCUGAUUAUUACUUUGUGGAUACAAGGGAUGUUUAGAUCUCUUUUUAGCCUUUUCAGGCAGUUGGUGGUAGCUCAGUGUAUUAGUCCAUUUGUAUUGCUAUAACCAAAAUACCUGAGAAUGGGUAAUUUAUAAAGAACGGAGGUUUAUUUGGCUUACGAUUCUGGGACAGCUGCAUUUGGCACAGGCCUCAGGCUGCUUCUGCUCAUGGUGGAAAGCAUCAGGCAGCCGGUGAGUACAAGCAGAUCACAUGGCGAGAGGAAGCAAGUGGGGAGGUGCCAGGGUCUUUUUAAACAACCAGCUCUCACGGGAACUAGUAGAGCAAGAACUCACUCAUUAAUCCCCCUUCCCCCAGGGAGAGCAUUAAUCCAUUCAUGAGCGAUUCACCCCCAUGACUCAAGCAGUUUCCAACACUGCUACAUUGGGGAUCAAAUUUCCACAUGACUUUUGGAGGAGACAACACAUCCAAACUCCACCACUCAGGCUAGAUGCCCAAUUGUUAGCUUCCUUUGAUAUUUACAUCACAGGUAAAAAUGGCCAAAAUGUGUUUCACGGCCCCCCCUUAAAUAAUUUUUAUUUUUAAACUGUCACUGUUGUUUGAAGUAAUCAUGUACUUGUUGAGUUCCUGAGGUUUUGAACAAAUGACAGUUAAAAGCUGGAGUUCUUUAUUUCUGAAAAGGAUUUACAUACAUGUGUGUAUUUUCCCUUGUUGAUUAGAAAAGGGGUAAAAUAUGUGACAGAAUGCAAAAUGAAUUAACAGUUUAUCUGAAUUUUACAUGGAAGUUGACUAUCAUAUGUCAAAGAAGAAUUCUGUCUUGUGUUUGGUAAAUGGAGUAGGUAAUCAUCACUUGUGUAGAUUUUAAUCAAAUGAAUUUAGGAAAGACACUGGAUGCUUUCAAAAUCUGUUGCAUUUAUAAAUGCUGCAAAUAUAGCUUUUGACUUUUGAGAAUGUUGGAGAAAUGUCUUUAAAAAUAGGUAUGUAUGUAAAAGUAUGUUUGUAUGUUAUAGCUGGUAGAAUGCCUAUGUCUUAAGUCGUUAUUCAUGUUUUAGUUUUUGCUCUUUACACUGUUUA